UGUCUGACGAGUAGCCUGCUGAAGCUUUCUUGGUGAAGUUCAAUUAAGUAUAGCUGAAAAAAAAAAACAUUUAAAAAUUUUUAAUACAGUUGUCUUUUAAACAGCCAAUAAAUUUUUGUAGUGCAUAAGUAAUAUGGGUAUAGAAAACAUGCGUCGUUGGCCAAUGUACAUUGUUUUCGCCGUAUGCAUUUUACUUACCCUUUCACUACUCAAUAGUUGGAGUAUGGAAACCGAAUUACAAACCCGACUUGGAGAGCUAACCGGACAACUACAAGAGUGUUCUAGACAACAAACAUCAUGUAUGGAAGAGUCACUACGAUAUCAGCAACAACGAGACAUAUACAAUACGAAAGUAAGCGAUUUAGAAAGUUCAAAAAUGAAAUUAAGCACCAAUUAUUCAGAGUUAAAAACUAAAUUAGCAAAAUCGGAAAUUCAGGUGAAUCGAACAUUAGUAGAUGUGGAAUUUUGUAAAACUGAAUUACAGUCUUUGAAAAACUUGCAAGUUAGUAAGUCGGCUAUAUUAGAAACCUUAAGGUUGAAAAAGGAAACGUUAACAGCCCAAUUAGAAGAAAGAAAGAACAGAAUUGACGAUCUCGAAAAAGAAAUUGCUAGAUUGAAGUCUUCAAUGACCACCAAAAGUGCUCCAAACCCAGCAGUAUCUUCAAAAGUAACACCAGCAGCUCAGCCUCCAAAACUUAGUUCAGCUUUAAAUGUUAAUAAUCCCAUUAAUGAGCCUGUACUUGAGAACAAUGCUAAGGAAGAUAUAGAAGAUCCGAGUGCCCUAAAUGAUGUAGAUAACUUUGAUCAAAAAUAGUAUUGAUCAACCUACAACCAUCUCACAUUUGUGAUAUCUACUUCUGAGGUAUGUUAUUAAAACUAAUAGCUAUCAUCUGGCUUACUGCAACUCAUUACUUGCGAAAAAUUACUAAAUAUUUACAUUAAUUGUUAUUUUACAGCAAUUUUAAAAAUAACUGUGAGAAUGCUACAUUUGUAGAAUUUGUUAUAUCAGAUUUAUGUAUAAUGUCUUUAGUAAUUUUUUGCUAUUAAUGAAUUGAGCCAGUAAGUUAAUGCUGUAUGCAAUAUUGAUCUGAACCUAGUAUUUUAUAUGUUUCAUUAUAAAUUAGUUCUCUUUUAAAUUUCAUUAUUGUAAUAAUAUUAUUUUAACAAAUGUACAGUUAUAUUUUGGACAAUGCAAUCUUAUUAUGAAUAUUGAUUACAAUAAAAUGUUUUUUGUCAUUUCUAAACCAAUAAGGCUUUACAUUUUCUUUAAAAUGUUUGUAUUAUAAGCAAAGUAUUAUAAAAUUUACUUAAAAUGUCACAAUUUAUCUACAAAAAUUAUGCCAAAAAUUAUUGUUGGACUUGAUGAUAAUGUUUGUUUUUUAAAGCAAUAAUGUAAUAAUAUGUACACAAUAAUUAGAAAAAUAUGCGAAUUAAUUAUAAUAAGUAUUUUUAGUCCUUAUAGAUAUAAUGAAGAUGGUGCGAAUUCCAUAGCUAUAUUCAUUUUAUUAAAUAAAAAAGUGCAAAUGGAAUGAAAAUUGAUUCAUAUGUAUGGUGACUAAAGGGCUUCAGAUUGAAAGCCCAGACUUUUAUAUUCUGUUGAAUUUAUAUAUGAGAGAAGAAUCUUUUAUUAAUUUUGAAUAGUAAUUAUAGUGUAACAUUAUUAUAUGAAAAUAACAUUAGAUAACGGGUAAAAAAAAUUGCUCUUCAGUGAAACUUUAAAAUUUUCAUUUCACCAAGCAUUCAUGAAAACAAUUGUUUUAUUUGAUUUCUUGUUCUAAUAAUUACUGGAAAUCAUAUCGAAGUAUUUUUAUAUUCUUGUGUUAUUAUAUAAACAAAAUUGACUACUAAAAAAUUUCGAAGUAAAAAUUAGACUCAUUCAAAAUUUACAUUACACAACCUUACAAAUUAAUUCUUAAGUAUUUCCUAACAAUAUUUACCUAUCUAUAUACCAAUAUUAAUAUAAAAAAGCAUUUCAUACUAAACAGAUGUUUCGUUUACUAAAUUUUCAUUGUUGAUUACCUAAAUUUGUCUCAAAUCAAUAAUAAUUAUGUCUUUGAUUUGAAAUAAAUUAAUUAGUAACAUAAUUAAUAUUGUAUAAUAAGAAUAUUGGUGCAUUAAUUGUUUUGCAUUAUAAUAUAAACAUCACAAACUUAUCAAAUAUGACACUUAACAUUGUUUAGUUACCAUUUCUUUGUAUAAAAUAGCAAGGAUUUAAAUGCAAUAUUUGUGUUUAUAAUACUUUGCUUUUUUAUUAAGUUAAUUAUGCCAUGAUGGUGCCACAAUGUUAAAUCUGACAUUUUAAGUUUUAAUACUCAUUCUAAUGAAAUUUGUACAAAAUGUAUACAAACCGAAAUGAUUACAAUAUAAUGUUUCAUGGUUUUUAAACAUAAAAAUGCAUUAAGUACACUGAUAUGUUUCCGUACAAAUACAAACGAAAUUAAUCAAACUUUUGCUCAAUUGUGCAUGCUGUUAUGUAAUAAUGCUAUUAUAUGUUCUGCAUUGUAAAUGUUAAUGUUGUAAUACAUAAUGAUGUUGAUUCUUUUAAAUUAUCAAAUAUCAAAAAUAAUCUGCUGAUAGUUGUUAAAAUUUUAAUAUUUAAAAAAAAAUGUAAACAUUAAAUUUUCCCAAUCUCUCUCUAACAUUAUUUGGAAUAUGUUUUUGACAAUUCCACCAUAAUUUUUUUAGCAAUACGAUUUUAAAAUGUUAUAAUAAAAAAUAUAAACACUACUAACACGGCAAAAAAGUAUUGUGGCAUAUAGCAAUGAUUGGUUUAGUUACUUAUUUUAUAAAUAGCACUUAUUAUCUAUUUUCAAUUAAUUAAUCUAUUUUUAAAAUAUUGUAAAAUUAGUUUUUGAUUAGAGGUGUUAGGUAAAUUAUUUAUGUUUUCUUUUUGCCACAUGUAACUAAUAAUAAAAAAAAGAAGAUUUCGACUUCGUAUUAUUAUGUAUAUAACUACAUAUAUUAUUUCCGUUACACAAUAGAGACAUUUCUCUUAAACCAGUUUUACUGAAAAAAUUGUAAAAAACACCGUGAUGUUCUUUGACGUAUCUUUAGAUAU